AUGGCCACUUGGACCUCCUUUCACUCUGGGCCCGGGGAGGGCAGUCUGGAUCUCAGGAGCCACCUCCCGGCUGUGGCCCCGAUUCCUCCCCUAGAUGAGGAGGGGCUGGAGGCGGCAGAGGGAGGGGACGAGGGCCCAGGCGAGGGCCCCUCAGGCAGGAGAGGGAGGAAGAAGAAGAAAAAAUACCACCGGCACCCCAAGCCCCCCUACACCUAUCUGGCUAUGAUUGCCUUGGUCAUCCAGGCAUCCCCAGAACGGAAGCUCACCUUGUCCCAGAUCAUCAAGGAGAUCAGCAACCUCUUCCCCUUCUUCAAAGAAGGCUACCAGGGCUGGAAGGAUUCCAUCAGGCACAAUCUCUCGGCCAACGACUGCUUCCAGAAGGUAUUGAAAGACCCCGCCAAGCCCAAGGCCAAGGGAAACUUCUGGACCGUUGACGUGGACCUCAUUCCGCCAGAAGCUCUGAAGCUGCAGAACACGGCCGUCUCCCGUCAAGAGGAGAGGACCUUCACGGUCGACCUGGCUCCCUUUGUCUACCAUGGCUGGGCUUUCAAAGCCCCCACGCCUCCCCUCAAUGGGCCUGCCCCGGAGGGGAGUGGGUUUCCAAGCAGUGAAGGGGGCCGUCAGAGCAGCCCCUUCAGCAUCGAUGCCUUGCUCCAUGACUUCCAGGGUGUGGGUCUCUCGGGGAAAGCGAGGGCCAAGAGUGGGCCAUCGCAGACCCCCACAGCUGCCUCUGAAGUCUGGGGCACAGUCCCCAUCUUCCGGGUCUCCUCGGGCGCCCCAGUCCUCCCCUGGCGGGCCCCGUGCCCUCUGCCCAUGCUCCGAUCCCUCUCAUCCUCUAGCAGCCCUGCCUCCCUCAGCUCCUUGUCCCCCAAUGAGGAGCCCAAAAAGGGAGCUGGCACCUCAAUUUUGGCCAAGCGCCCCCGAAUCAUCCAGCCGGCUCCUGAGACCAGUGACUCCGACUCCAGGGAGGGCACUCCGCCCCCCGCCACCCCAUUCUGGGAGCAGCUCCCCACUUCCUACACCCCAUGUGUGGCUCCCAAUGUGGUGGUGGCACCCCAAAACCACACGCUGUCCUUCUCCCCCUUCUCCCCCAACCCAGCCUUCCCCCCUUACAGCCCCAUGCCUUUCCCACACCCAGCCUACUGGGAGCUGAUGCCCCGGUCCUCCCUGAGCCCGGUUUCCUCCUCCGGGGUGGACCUGGGUCUGGAGGAAGCCAUGCCUCCCAACAAGACCGUCUUUGAUGUCUGGAUGAGCCAUCCCAUGGACAUCGUCCACCCGGCCUUUCCCCAGGCAAGCCCUUCCCCCCGGAGCUCAGUCCUGACCCACUACGACCCCUCCUGAGGACAAGCGUUGGCAAGGGGGUGGGUGGCUGGUCAGAUAUGGCAGGCAGGCUUUUUGGCCAGUGAUGACCAGCCCCAUCUUCUCAGCCUUUCUUGUCCCAGGAACUCCACAGGACAACCCAACAGUCACAUAAUUAACAACUCAACCAGGACAACCCAAUAGUUACAUAGGAGAAAGCCAUCCAGAUGUUCCUGCUCUACCUCUUCAGGAGACCAGCAGCAGCCCUCUCUCCUUUGGACCAGCCCUCUCCAUUAGGAACCAUCUUAUCAUCUACUCUCCACCAUCCAGGUCAUGGUUGUCCCAAAAGUGCUUUUUCUGAAAGGGCAACUGGAGUUUCUUGGUUUUUUCCUUGAAAACAUUUCACUUCUCAUCCAAGAAACUUCUUCAGUUCUGAGGACUGAAUUCUGGGAGUUGAAGUCCACCAGAACUUAAAAGUUGCCAAGGUUGGGCACCCCUGAUUUAACCUAUCAUCCACAUUACCAGGAGAUUGGUCUUCACCCAUGGCCAGGCCCGGGCACCAAGUCAAGUUUUCCAGGCUUUACAAAAAGCCAACAGCGAGGGAGAUAAUCUGAUCUCAGGGGAAAGGAUAUUGGCAAGGAUCCGGCCAGCUGACCUUCCCUAGUUGAUGGUACCCAGAGAACCAAAGAAGCUUCUUGGAUGAGAAGAGAAACGUCUUCAAGGAAACAAUCAAGAAACCCCGGUUGCCUUUUUGAGAGAACCAAGUUCUCCUUUUGUGGAGAUGGAAACUCCCAUAACCAACGAGAGGAGGAGAACCUGCUGGACCAGGUUCUGAGCAACCCACACAAAGCCAGAGGGCACCAGAAGGAGGAGGGCUGGGCCCUUCUCUUUGGACUGCUUGCUUGAAGUUGAAGGUUCAGAAGUAGAGGCCUUUUGGUCCCCACAUCCUUCCUGCAGAGCUUCAACAUCCAGAGAAGAAAAGCGUUAACUGGAAGCUUCAAACUGUUGCAAAAUGCAGGAGUUACUGGUGCCAGAUACUUCACACCUCUGCUUUGUGAGUGCGUUGGUGUCUAGGUUUAAUUCAAGGUGCUGGUUAUCACCUUUAAAGGCCUUCAUGGCUUAAAUCUAGGCUACUUGAGGGACCGUCUUUUCCCAAUUGAUUCUACCUUUCUUAUCCACUUAGGCAGGAAGGACCAUCUUUGGGUACCAUCAACUAGGGAGGGUCACCUGGCAGGACCGCAAAGGAGUCCUGCUGAUUAGCCGUCUCUCUGUUGGCCUUUUAUAAGGCCUGGAAAACUUUGUACCCGAAUCUGGGGUCCUUGACGUGGGUUGGACCUGGUCUCCUGGUCAUGUGGAUGAUAGAUUAAAUCUGGAGUGGCCAAGAUUGGCCACUUGAAGACUUGUGGACUUCAACUCUCAGAAUUCCCCAG